AUGUUCGCUGCUGCUGCACGAAGCCGUCUCUCCACCCUGUCAAGGCCCCGGCUCCCUCCGACAUCACUACUCGCUCGCUCGACUCCCGCCAUGGCUCCCCGACGUCAAGCUUCUUCUGUCCCUGAGGGAUACAAGGAGGAUCUCUCCAAGGGCAAGAUGCUCCGAUUUGAAGACUCUCUGCCCCACCUGCCGGUUCCCUCGCUUGAAGAGACCGGCCGCCGUUACCUGAAGUCCGUUCACCCGCUUGUCUCCGCCUCCGAGUUCGAGCGCACCAAGAGUGCCGUGCAGGAGUUCAUUCGGCCCGGCGGUGAGGGUGAACCUCUGCAGAAGCGUCUGCUCGAGCGUGCCGCCAACCCCAAGAUCAAGAACUGGAUUGCCGAGUGGUGGAACCAGGCCGCCUACUUGGGCUACCGUGACCCCGUGAUCCCCUAUGUCUCCUACUUCUAUUCCUACAAGGAUGACCGGGAGCGUCGCGACCCGGCCAAGCGUGCCGCUGCUAUCGCGACGGCCGCUCUGGAGUUCAAGGCUGAGGUGGAUGCCGGUUCCCUGGAGCCCGAGUACAUGCGUGGCCAGCCCAUGGCCAUGAGCUCGUACGAGUACAUGUUCAACUGCUGCCGUAUCCCUGCCGACCCCGAGGAUUUCCCCCGUAAGUUCUCCGCGGCCGAGAACCAGCACAUCGUGGUCGUGCGCAAGAACCAGUUCUUCAAGGUGCCUCUGGUCGUCAACGGUCAGACCCUGAACGUCAGCGAGCUGGAGCAGCAGUUCAAGCGCAUCAUUGAGACCGCUCAGCCCUCCCCGCCUGUCGGUGUGCUCACUGUUGCGGACCGUGAUCACUGGACUGCCGCCCGCAAGAAGCUGGUUGCGGCCGACCCGGCCAACGAGCAGGCCCUGAAGGAUAUUGAGUCCAGUGGCUUCGUCAUCUGUCUGGAUGAUGCUAAGCCCGUGACUCUGGAGGAGCGCGCUCACCAGUACUGGCACGGCGACGGUGCCAACCGUUGGUUCGACAAGCCCCUGCAGUUCAUCAUCAACGACAACGGCACCGCCGGUUUCAUGGGCGAGCACUCUAUGAUGGACGGUACCCCUACCCACCGUCUGAAUGACCAUGUCAACAACCUGAUCUUUAACAAGAAGAUCGAUCUCUCCGACAAGCCCAUCCGCGCUGAGCUUCCCGACCCCAAGCCCAUCACCUUCCACCUGAACGAGGAGGCCAACGAGGCUAUCGACGUGGCCGCCCAGUACCACCGCAAGCAGAUCGCCGCACACGAGCUGGUUGUCCAGGCCUACCAGGGCUACGGCAAGGGUCUGAUCAAGAAGUUCAAGUGCAGCCCUGACGCCUACGUUCAGAUGCUCAUCCAGCUGGCCUACUUCAAGAUGUACGGCAAGAACCGUCCUACCUACGAGUCUGCCUCGACCCGUAAGUUCCAGGAGGGCCGUACCGAGACCACCCGCACCGUUUCCGACGAGAGCACUGCCUUCUGCAAGGCCCACCACGACCCCAGCAUUCCCCGCGAGGAGGUCGUGAAGCUGUUCCGCGCCGCUCUGGCCCAGCACACCAAGUACACCAUGGAUGCCAGCGACGGCCGUGGUGUCGACCGCCACCUCUUCGGCCUGAAGAAGCUUCUCCAGCCUGGUGAGAAGCUGCCCGCCCUCUACGAGGAUCCCGCUUUCGCCUACUCUGGCUCUUGGUACAUUUCCAGCUCGCAACUGAGCUCGGAGUACUUUAACGGAUACGGCUGGAGCCAGGUCAUCGACGAUGGAUUCGGAAUUGCCUACAUGAUCAACGAGAACAGCCUGAACUUCAACAUCGUCUGCAAGCGUCUUGGAGCUCACCGCAUGAGCUACUACCUCAGUGAGGCCGCCUCCGAGAUGCGCGACCUCCUCAUGCCCGACUUGGCCGCCCAGGCCGAGAAGGCCAAGCUGUAA